CUUUUUUUUGUCUUUAACUCUCCAAAAUCACUAGUUUUGUUUUCUUUAUCUGUCCAUUAGUUGCCAAGGAGAUUUAAUUACUGGAGUUUGUGAUUUGGUUGUGCUUAUUUUUGUCCAAAUUGAGCAUGCAAGUACAUGUUUACAAUACCAGUUAGAUUCUGAUUUUGAUAGCAAAAAACAUAUAUACAUGCUUCGGAGAAAUUGAAGAUUUUUGUGCAGCGGAAGGAGACGGGAGAGAUCAUUAUUAUUUUAAUUUGAAUCAUGUCGGAUUCAAAGAGAAGUGGUGAAGGGGGUAGUAGUAAAAAGCGAAAUCUUCCUUCAUGGAUGAGUUCUAAAGACAAUGAGAAUAAAUCUCAUGGGAAGAAGGCAGCAGCAACUUCUGCUGAAGAUGAACAAUCUACACUUCUGGAUGGUGUGGUGUUUGUAUUGUCCGGGUUUGUUAACCCUGAGCGUGCUACAUUGCGGUCCCAGGCUUUAGAAAUGGGAGCGGAGUAUCGACCAGACUGGACCUCAGAUUGCACUCUCUUGGUUUGUGCAUAUUCAAAUACUCCAAAGUUCCGACAAGUUGAGACGGAUUGUGGAACCAUUGUUAAGAAGGAAUGGAUACUAGAGUGUUACAGCCAAAAGAAGCUAGUUGAGAUUGAUAGUUAUCUUAUGCAUGCUGGGAAACCUUGGCGGAUAUCCAAUACUUCUCACGAAAGAGGCAGUGAUCAAAAGGCAUCCCCACCUAGAAAAUCUGAGAAACAGGUCAAAAGUGGGUUGCAUUCAAAGCCAACUGCUUCUGCAUCCUACAAGGUUAGAGCAUCUAAUCCCACUAAAGAGUGCUUCUCUCCUUCUAAAGUGAAGGAGUGGGUUAUUGACGAUUUGAAUAGAACCAUCUCAUGGCUGGAGAGUCAAGAGGAAAAGCCAGAGCCAAGUGAGAUUAAACAAGUAGCUGCAGAAGGCAUCUUAAUUUGCUUACAAGAUGCCAUAGAUUUCCUUGAACAAAAUCAGGAUGUCCGGAAAAUAACAGAUCAGUGGAAUGUUGUCCCUCAAGCAGUUGAGGAGAUGGUAAAGCUUGUAGAUGGUGGAAAUGCUUCAUCUUCUCUUUCAAAGGAAGAUCUCUGCAGGAAGGCCAAGGCAUGUAAAGAAAUCUAUGAAGCAGAACUUAGCAGUUUAGAUGGUUCAAAGAGUAAGAAACGAAGGUUGAAGAGUGAUGAAAGUGGGAUUAGUCAAAGGACAAACGCCGUCACUGGUGAUGAUGCAGCAGAGUAUGACAGCGAUGAAACAAUUGAAAUGACGGAGGAGGAAGUUGACAUGGCGUACAAAAGUAUUGCUUCUAAAUUUUCAAAUGAUAAGUGAAUUUAAUUGUUCCUGAAGGGUUUUGUUAUCUUGUACAAUAGAUGUUUCGAUGAUCCUUCAUGAACGCUCAAAGAAAAUUUUGAGAAAUGUGUAUGAUCAACAGGCCAAAAGCGUCUUCUGUAUAGCCUCCUGGGUGUUGAAUUAUUAACAAAGACUCUAGAUACACCUUUA